GGAGGAGAGAGCGGCCUAGGCUCUGUCACUGGGUUGGGCUGCCCCCUGGCGGGGGCCCGAGGCCAGGCGCUCACGCGUGUCCACCUGCCCCGCGUCGCCAGACCCUGCUGAGAUGCGGGUCGAGAUGCCAAGGGGGCUGUGCUCAUUCCUCCACAGCGGGGCGGAACUGGGCCAAAGCUUCUUAAACUCAGAGUCCCGAAAAAUUAGAUGGAAGAGCUGGAGAAUGGUCUGCUGAUCCAGCCAUGGGCAUGGCUGCAGCUUUCAGGAGAUUCGCUUCUGGCCAAGGCCUACAUCAUGACGCACAAAGGCUAUGCCCUUCUUCUCUCUGACCUCCAACAUGUGUGGCAUGAGCAAGUUGACACUAAUGUGGUCAGUCAACGGGCCAAGGAGCUGAAUAAACGACUGACUGCAACUCCUUCUGCUUUCCUCUCCCACUUGAGAGACCUCAUGUGCACCUUGUUGGAAGGUUCGACUGAUUCCGGAGGGGCCACUUUCUCUUGUGAGCAUGUGCCAGAGGGACUGACACUACAUGUUCGGAGUGAGCUCUCUGGUCUACCCUUUCACUGGAACUUCCAAUGUGCCCUGGCUAGCCCUUCCCUGGUUUCCCAGCAUCUGAUGCGUCCCCUGAUGGGCAUGAGUCUGGUACUGCAGUGCCAGGUGAGAGAGUUGGCUUCUUUGCUUCGGUUGAAGGAUGCAGAAAUCCAAGACUACCAGGAGAAUGGAGCCGUACUGAGCCGAGAUCGAUUGAAGACAGAGCUCUUUGACGAGAAUGCUUUCCUGGAGCAGGUUGUGACAGAGAAUCUGCCAGAGGCGUGCAGUAUUGAGAAUGGAAGACCCUUCGCUAUGAAGCUACAAAAUCUCUAUGUGGCAGUCACUAAGCAAGAAUUCCAGGCAAAGCGGAGACGACAAGGCUCGGGAGACUCCCAGGCCUCUGACAGGACUUCUUCCAGUGAAACUGACGGUAGACUACUAAACAAGCCGGAGCAGCAAUCCUCUGCCCCAUCCCUGUCCGUGCUGGAGACUUUGAAUAUGGAGACUUCUGUUCCAAUGCAGAGACCUCAUGUGUCCAAAAUCAAGAAAAAGAAGCCAAAGGGGCUCUUCAGCUAGACUUAGCUCCCCUCCUGGGGCAUCGGCUGCUGAGGAGGAGAGGCUGUCAGCAUUACCUCCAAAGGACCUUCCGGGCUGAAAGCUUGCACCUUGGCCAAAGUUAGGCAAGGUCAGAGCCCUGCACUGGGGUCUGGCUGUAAGGUUUGUGUGAGCAAGCCGUGUCAUGGACACUUUGGCAGAGAGACUUCAGUCUGAGUAUGCUCAUGAUGGCUCUAGGUUUCCUGACCCAAGGAAGAGCCAGACCCGGGGAAAAUAUUGAACCCAUUCUCCCACAGGAUCCUCCUCUAGACUUUGUACAUGUAUAUUUGUGGUGGAUUGACUAGAAACACAACAACAAAAAUAAAAACAUCCAAAACUCC